CCAGAAAGACGAUUUCUGCUAAGCGUAGUGUUAGUUCGAAACCAGUCGGAAAGUUAACUGGAAAAUGUCAACGCUGACUUAUCGCGAUAUUGGAAAAAUCGAAAUUCCUGCAAUCCUUCACUAAUUAAAAGUACUCGUGGUGCGCGUUGUAGAAUCAAAAGUGUUGAGUGCCGCGUUCCCGCCUGUAUUUUAAAAACUGUGAGUGAUUAGAAAGCAAAUAUCUAAAUCCUCCUUUAUAGUGAAGUGUUGAAAUGUGGCCGUUGGUAUGAUGAAACGACCAGGGAGUAAGAGCUGACAUGGAAUACUUGACUUAUUUUGUGAAGCAAAGGCAAAAAUGCAGGCUGACGAUAUAAAAGCAGUCAUGUGCAAACAGACGGAAAUAUCGACAAGCCAAAUGACUUUCAAAAGCGAUGAAGAUUUAAGUUUUUCCAAAUGUGAGGAAGAACCUGAGAUAGAUGAAACAAAUUAUUGUACAAAGGAUCCUAUCAAGUUUGAUGAAAUCAAUUUGGAUGAUGAUAUUGAGAAAAUAGAAGAAACCAGUCACGAAUCCUCAGAAGAAAUGGGUGAACUGGAUCUUCCUGAGAAAAUUACACGGAAUACAGAACCACCUCUCUUUAGUGGCAUUCCUACUCAAAAUCCCAGCGAAUCAAUCAAAAGUUGGCUGCAGAGGAUUACAGAUAUGCAGAAUGAGAUAUUACAAAAAAAGUAUACACCAGGGAACAGUCAACUACAUAGUCAUCCAUUGGCGAGCAGACUACCUGUUUCGACUUUAACAAAUCUUACACCAGCUGCCCCAACAAAUCCUAACAGGGUUGUUAAUUAUCAAGACCUUCCUUACAUGGGAGAAAUGACGCUGGAUAAUUCAAAACCCAGAAGAGGAAGGAAACCGAAGAAAGCCGAUAUUUGUCAUCUUAUUUAUAAAAACUAUGGAACUAUAUUUCCUGGCACUCCAAAUCCAGGAAGUUAUUUGGAAAAAGACACAAACGUUUUGAAAAAAACAGUGGGCAUUAAUGAUAUUAACGAUAAUGUUAAUAGAAGUGACGUGCAGCACAAAAUUAUUUCUAGCCUACUCGAAAGAAGACUGACUCAAGAAAAUAACAGGAUGAAAGAACCAAGGAAAAUCACAGCAAAAAUUAAAAAAGACCAAAACGAACCGUUGAAUUUGUGCAUCCGAGAUUUGAACCAUCUGAAGAUAAGACUGUUGAAAAGAAACGAUAACACGUAUACUUCUGAAAUAAAAUUAGAACCUCAAUCGGAUGAUGACAUAGAAGUUGUCCAGGAAUCACCAAGUCCAUCUAUCAGCUCGAAAACGGAACCAGGAUUUCCUUCUGCAUCACCAGAAACUUUCUCAACUCCUAGUCCAGAUCCUCUGAAGACUGCCGAUGGAACUACUGGUCCUGGUGGAUAUGUUUACUGGCCGAAUGCUGGAGUAUUCAUCCAUCCAGUGGCGUUGCAGCAGCAGUUGAUGAUGUACCAAAAAAUGACAGGAGGGAGUAACUACAUAGUACCGAAUAACCAAACUUUCAAGCCUCCUCCCGAGGAAAGCGCUGGUUGUUCGAAAAUAGGACAGAGCUCUACGGAGCUGAGAAAAUUGAUGCCGAAAGUAGUUAAACCAAAAAGCACCAACAGUAAAGGAAACACUGAAGAGACUGACUGCCAACCAGUGUCUGGCCAAGAAAUCAAGAAAAGAAACGCUUCAUCGGCGGACCAUCACAAAACGCCGACGAAAAGAAAAAGAUCAGCAAUUUUCAUUCCACCCAUACCUACAGAAAAUAAUACCAAUCCCGCUACUGAAGUUAGUAUUUGCAAAUUCAAGUUUACUGGAGGAGCCAAACCGACUCUACAGGAGAAGAAAAUGCUUUCAGUUGAUUCCGGAGGCAAUUUUAGGUACUACAGCGGUACGGGUGACAAGUCCAUGCGAGGCUAUGAGUUCUUUCCAAGGGAAACGUUGCAACAACAGAUAAACAAUAGUCAGGGAUCUUCAACGGGGGCCUUUCUCAAAGCAAGCGGUGAAAAAAUCUACCCCACACCUCCAGUAGACUUCACGGGAUCAAAAACCAGUAGUUCAGACUUUCUGCUCAGUCCUGAACUACCGGCAGCGACCUUUUCCACACAGUCAUCAUCGAGUCAAGACCAAUCUCAUAGACUCAAAAAGCGAAAGUCGAGAAAGAGUUUACAGAGAGAGAAGUUGGAACAGACAUUCAAAGAGAAGGGGUUUCUGAUACAAACCCAACAAACGGAAAGUGCAGAAGGUGCGACAUAUUGUAAGUUCAGGCAACUGAGAAAGUUCACAAGGUACUUAUUCAGAUCGUGGAAAGACUAUUUACCGGGUAACAUCGCGGAGGGCGAGCAACCCAGAUGCCUUGAAAAUGGUGAUCUGAGUCUGGGUGAAUUAGAUAGAGACAAUGCCGACAAUUCAUCGAUCAACUCAAGUGAGUUAUCAACCACACAAGCACAGUGAAACUUCUUUUACUUCCAGAUUGUUACGAACGAUCUGACGUUAUUGAAAAUAUUUCUACCAAAGAUUUAACUAGUUAGGUUACGAAUACAGGGUGUCUCAAAGUUUUGAAUUCAGUUUCUUCAUACAGUUUGUUAAUGAGAUGGCGAUCAUCAUUUGAAAAUAUCUGAUGGAACAAAAAUGUAGCUAACUUAUGUAGCUGGUAGUCAUGAUCGAAAACGCAAUUUGUAAUUUUUUUAAAUUUUUUCGCUUUAGAGCUUGUGAGAAAAUUAUUGUACAUAAUAGUAGAUAUAUAUGAGACCAGUAGGUAUUGGAGGCAGUGAAAUUAUAGUCGUCCAUUAUAGUCACCUAUUUCUUCAACUGAUCACUAAUGAAGUUACCCAAUUGAAAUGAUUUGUUGUGUACAAUGAGAUGAGUUUGAAGAAAUUGAUAGGCAUUGAAACCACUGGACCCUGUACAUAUAACUCCAGACGUACAAAUUAAAACUGAUUGAGGAAAUAUCUGAAAUAAUUCCUAUACAUUUACUGUUUUAAAUUUGGAUUUAUGUUGAUUUAAAGACAAACAAUUUUCUAUAAUUUUUCAAUCGUUCAUCACAUUAUAUCGAAUUUCUAAAUUUUUGUGAAGUCGAAUUAUGAUAUAAUGUCAAAGAUGAUAUAACAUAUUGGGUUUUCCAUUUAAAAAAAUAUCAAUUCGACUGUAUGAUGGCCGAUACCUGAACACGCCGAUUUUCACAUUGUUACAUUGAAGUGUUAUUCAACUACAAUAUAUAUUUGGUCUUCCAUUAUUUUUGACUCCAUCAUGUUGAUUAUUUUCCAUUUAUGAUUCUGAAACGCUAUUUUAACUGUAACGAAACUUUGGGCCACCGUGUACCAUGAUAAGGUGGAAUAACUUCCCGAAACAUUCGUCUUGAACAAGGUGCUAACUUUGAUUACAGAAUUUUAUUUUUAUUACAAGAAUAAACUUAAUCUAGUCCAUACCAUGUUAUAUUGAGUACUGUGUACUAUACAUGUUUGUUGUUGAAUAAAUUAUUAUUAAUUUUUUA